CAACCUUCAAAAACACCAAAACGGCAGCAGACAGUGGCGAAGGGAGCAAGACCAGCCAGCCAGAUGCCAGGAGGUGCGGGGGAGAAGCAGGAGGAGGCACAAGCCUCGAGCACAGGCGCUGCCAGCUCGUCUGUGCAAGUUCAGGAAGAAGUGCCGAAGGGAAAACAAGUAACAGACACCAGCAAGGGACAACAAGGGACAACAACUACAACAAGACAGGGCAUGAUGACGACUGCUGGCGACAGCAAGCAGCAGCUACAGCAGCAACAACAGCAGCAACAGCAGCAGCAACAACAGCAGCAGCAGCAGCCAAGCCCGUCUACACAGGCGCAGGCACAGGCAAGGUUGUCUCGGCUGACACGGCCCACGUUCGCCCAGCGGGUGCGGGCAUCUGUGGCUGCAAAAGAAAGGGAGCAGCGCGCUCGUCGCCAGCAGAAAGGUUCCACGCGACGCAAGCCAGGAACACCCUCGCGCCAGCGCGUAUCAGGUGCGCCGAAAACGCCCACGCAGCAGAAGCAGGCAACCCCGGACAAGCACGGGUCCCUGCGUCAGUUCAUCCGUGCACAGGCAAGGGUGUCCUAUCCACAGUCAUCACGUCCACAGCAGCAGCACCAACACCAACACGCGCGCAGUCAGCGUCGUGCACCCUCGCGCAAGAAACCUGCACAGAACCCUGGCAGCGCAGCGGAGAAGGCACAGUCACUAAGUGCCGCCACAGCGGAGCCCGUCCAGUCACCACCGCCGUCAGUGACGGAGGACCAAAGUGCCAACAGCACUGCGGUCGAGGCAGAGCACGACACAACGACUUCAGACAAAACGGCACCUCUCGCUGGCAAAGCGGAGCCGACUGGUCGUGGCGCUGUCGCCAACGCUGAAGAGGAUGACGUACAGGCACAGGUGCCAAGUGAACGAGACCAUGGCACGGGUGAAAUCGAGGGCAGCGCGCACGAUGCAGAGGCAACAACAACUUCAGCGGGUGAUGAGCAGCAGUCCUCUGCAACCGGUCACGCAGACGCAACAGCAGCACUAGCAGAUGUGACCACGACAGACGCAACAACAACAACAACACCGCCAGCAGAAGCAACACUGCCAGCAGUUGACGCAACACCACCAGUGGAAGCAGCCAGUGAGGAGGAUGGUCCUGGUGCAGAUGAAGAGCAAGUAGAUGCGGCUGCGCCAUCACCGCUGCAAGCGACACUGGCGAGCGCAGAGGAGCUCCACGCGCUGCAAGCACGGGAGAAGGAUGCAACGCUGGUCUCCAUCGCAGAGACAACACCAAAGGCAUAUCUGGCAGCAGUGGCGGACGAGCUGUCUGCACUGACGGCGGCCAUUGAGCUUGAGGCACGUGUCGAUGGCAGCGUGACGCAAGACUACCUGACGGAGCUCACACGCACACGCGCGGCCUCGCUGCAACUACGCGCGAUUGUGACGGCGGCGGUGCUGUGUGCGCUUGAGCUUGUGCAUGAGGACACAGACCACCUUCCAGCGUGGGACUCCCUCAGGCGCAUCAUCAAACGCAGAAACCUUCAUACGCACGUGGCAUCUUUUGAUGCGAGACGCUGGCUCUCCCGCCAUCGCCACACCCUCCACCUCCUCGAUCCUCUCAUUGAACGCUCACUCACACGGGACCCCGACCAGGAGCUGCCGGUCGCUGGCGUGUAUCUCCGCAAUUGGAUCCACGCCCAGCGCCGCCUCAUGUCUGCGCUCAUCCGAUUCGCAGCCGUCGAGCCCCUCGCCACCCACGUCGCGCCGAUUACCGCUGGGCAUUUGCGCGAGAUCAAAGCGCUCAAACGCACACACGAAUCCCUUCAACGCGUCAUUGCUGCCUCCAUGCUCCUCACAGACCACAAGAACAAGUUGUUGAAGCAGGACCUGAGUGUGUGGACAAACGUGAAGAAUCUGUUGACGCACGAGUACAUCAAGGCGGUCAUGUCGACGAUGCCGCACAUGCUCGCAGACGACCGCAUCCACCGCACACGCGCACAGCUCGCUCCCGUCGCCGAGACGCCGUGCAAGCAGAUUCGCAAGAUGUCUGUUGCCGUUGGCGCGCUGCUGGAAUGGAUGGUGACGAGCAUCGCUGCAUAUUGGGUGACGCGCGCAGCAGAGACACACGUCGAUACCAACCUGUGA